UUUUAGAUUGUGGAAUAGGGAUGAAAAUAUUGGCAGUUAUUGCCCUCAUUGGAUUAAUUAUACCUGUAAUAGUUGUUCGAUCUAAAAUUCAUCAUCUUGCUUUAAGAAAUGAUGCGCGCAGAAAUAUCUUACUGACAACAUUUGGAUUCAAUAAAGGUGGUACAUUUAGCUUAAAGCUGUAUAAUUUCACGGUUCCGGCGGAAUUGGUGUCACCGGAUGUGACACGAGAACAGCGUAAUACUGAUCGAUUCGGUGUUAUUGGUUUUACGCUUUCACGAGGAAAGGAUAUACUGAAUGGUGUCAGAUCGAAACCACAUGUAUGUCAAUUAUCACAAUUUGAUCAAGGUUUCGAUGCACUUUUCUUUAUCUUCAACUUCACUGAAAACAGUUUGAAAAUUAUACGUACAGGAUCAGUCCGUGAUUUACAGUUGUGUCAAAAUUUAGAGAGUUGUCCAGAUCAAACAGAGCCAACAUUGUCAGAGGCAGAACCCAAGGAUAGUUCCGAGCCAUCUGUCAGAGACUCACCAACUGGAUCAGGUUUUUUCAACAAAUUACACAACAUGUUAUUCCCAGUGACUACUACAAGAAUACCAUAUAAAGAUUAUCUUCCUUUAAACCUUUCUGGAGAUCAAUAUUCUACUUCGGUUGCAUUACGGUUCAAGGAAGGACAGCAAGGCAGUUAUAGUUUCAUUUAUCACAACUGUUUCAAUUACCGGGCGCAUGGUUAUAGUAACCAAGUUGCUGUGCAUUUCACCGUUGACAUUGUCGAGCGUAAUCUAGGAUCAUAUCUUCCUGCUGGUGAUAUAGCAAAACCAAAGUUGUACUUAUACAUGGCAGUAUUGUUUACAAUUGCCGCUUGCGUAUGGAUACGUAAUAUCUGUCAUUCGAGUUCGGGUACGGUUUACAAGAUACAUCAUCUUAUGACAGCAUUGGUCAUCUUAAAAUUGAUGUCUUUAUUUUCCCAUGGUAUCAACUAUUACUUCGUCUCAGCAUAUGGACAUCAGCGCGAAAUUUGGGCUGUUAUUUAUUACAUCACGCAUCUAUUAAAAGGUGCACUCUUAUUUGGAACAAUUAUUCUAAUUGGUACGGGAUAUACGUUUUUCAAGAAAUUUUUGACUGAUCGUGACAGGAAAUUGUUUGUAAUUGUUCUACCACUUCAGGUAAUCGACAACGUUGCAAUGAUUAUCAUUGAAGAAAGUGAAUUCGGGGAACAAGGCUAUCAGUUCUGGCUACAAGUCGAUGCGCCAUCUACAAGAAGGUGCUCGAAGCGAUGGAAAGACUGCUUUCAAUUUAGAGAAAUUAAUAUUAUUUCGACAUUUCUAUCUAAUCAUAAUUGGUUAUAUCUACUUGACUCGUGUAGUUAGAUUCAUAAUUGAGGCAGUGGUGCCGUUUAAUUAUGACUGGAUAACUGAUUUUGUGGUUCAGUUCUCAACACUUUUGUUUUUCUUAACUGCUGGCUAUCAAUUUAGGCCACAGGAAAGAAAUCCGUAUCUAAAAUUGGCUCAAGAAGAUGACGACGGCGAAGCGUUAACAAAAAAUGGUAUUUUCGAGAAUAUUUCACGUCUGAAACGAAUCUCUAUACGUGAUGAAACUCUAGAUAACAUACCCGGUAUUGUAAGCGGAAAUGAUGCCGAUUCGGAAGAUAGCGCUCCAGAAGAUAUCUUCCAUGAACGAGGAACGAAAUCGUUACCGAAAGCAUCAGUGCUUUGAAUUUGUGGUGAAUUUCAUGGUUAUGAAGUACUGCUCACCAUAAUUUUUCGUCAAAUUAUUUAAGAUUCUAUUUAUUAAAUAUAUGAAAGCUGUUCUGGAACAAAGAACGUGUAUAUGCUGCAAAGCAAUUUAUUAAGUAAUAUGUAUUUUUUGUCUUGGAAGUCCUGGUUACAAGUUCAUUGCCAA